AUGACCGAUGACCUUCAAUAUAAUCAAUUUCAUGUACUUUGGUUAGCAAAAAAAUUUCAUAAAAAAAUCAAAGUAGCCACAAUUCAAGAAAAUUUGAGAGAAAAAUCGCUUCAUGAGCUUUACAUCAAAUAUUUAUGGUUGAGAGGGUAUUUAGACCAUCGAUUGGAGGACUAUCACAGAUUCUUGUUUGUGGUCAAUUUUCUACAAAACGAUAAAAUUGGAUUGUUCAUUGCAUGUUGUGUGUCAUUUGUUCCACAAGGCGAUCGUCUUGCUUUGUUAUUCACACGAGAAGAGUCCAGUGACAAUCGAAAUGAGUGCAAAAUUCAUUUCUAA